GAGAGCAGUACAAAUGUCAACGUAACUUAGAGUUCUAAAUUCAACAGACUUUCAAGUCAAGUCAUGCGUUCGGUAAUCAAAUACAUGCAAGGCCCAUUAAACGGAUGUUUUAUGUGACAGUUCUCAAGUCUCUCUAGGUCAAGUCAAGCAUCGGUAACUGGAGCUUUAGCAUAACAAUGUAAAAAACCAGCUCUACUCUGCUCUGAGUUUUGUUAGGUAAAAAACUAUAGCUGGAGCGGGAGCAAAAAAUUAAAUUCAGCGCUUUGCUCUGGCGUAGCGGUAGCAAAAAAUUGAGAGCGGUAGCACAGCAGAGCUAAUGAAAAUUUUCUAUUCAAAAAAUUCUAUUGUUCAGAAACCAUAAGCGCGAACAGACGUUUUCUUAAUCGGUAUAUUUUAAAUUCGCUUAGGUUCAGGCACGUUCUCAGUAAUUCGAGCAAUCCAACUAAUUUGUUUGUCCUCAAAAAACCUUGAGAAUUCUUCAGCACUUUUGAAUAUUUAUUUCUUGCGUAAAAUGGCACCGACAAAGAAAACCUUCAACGCACUUAUUUACUAUGAAGAGAAUGAUAACAACCGCAUGAAAUGUAAAACAUGUUCGCGUGUUUUAAAAAAAGAUCGUGUUUUUAAUUUAAAGAAACAUUUACUAUUGCAUGGCAUACGACCGGUGCAAAAAGAAAACAAUUCUGAUUCCAAAAAGAACAUGAAACAUUCCAAAAAGAAUAUGAAACAUCAACAGAUAAAAGUUCAAAUCAGUAAAAAAAAUUUAGUCCGUUCAUACAUUGGUCUUGUCACUGAAGACGGCGUUCCGUUCGAUGCGCUUGAUUCCAAUAAUAUGCGCAAUAUAAUUGAUCCUAUAUGUCAAGGUCUUAAAGACAAAAGUGGAAAAAACUUCAUACUAAAUGGAAGCAAGUGUAAAGCUGUACUCGAACAAGUAGCAGCGAAUAUUAAACUCGAAAUACAUGAAGAAUGUAAAAACCGUCUGAUAUCUUUAAAAAUUGAUAGUGCAACAGGGCUUGAUCCAAAAAUAUACGGCAUCAGUGCGCAAUUCAUAAGCAAAAAUGAAAUUAAAUCGCGAAUUCUUGGUAUGGUGGAACUCAAAGGAGCUGGGUCAAGUGCAUCCGAAAAUCUGGUCAAAGAAAUUGUAUCCGUUUUAGACAAAUAUGAAAUAGCACUAAGCCAAAUUGUAACAAUUACAUCGGAUAACGGUGCCAAUAUGAUAUCACAAAUUCAUACAGGCGAUCACGAUACUGGCAAAGCCUGUAUUCUACAGAAUCUUGAGUACACAAAGCAAAUCGACCUUUUCGACACAACAGAAAAUAUUUGUGUUGGUGAAAUACAAAUAUGUCAAUGUGCAGCACAGAUUGCACAGCUUUGUGCACUUGACGUUACAAAAAAUACAGUUAUUCGAGAGUAUUUGUUUCAGUGCCGAAAUCUAACCAAAUACAUUCUGGAGCCAUCAAACGGUUAUCGUGAUUUGUUUGAGUUAAGAAAUUUUACAUUACCUCAAUUGGAUUGCCCAACUAGAUGGGGAUCUACUUAUAACAUGAUUGACCAACUGAAUAAAGCGAAAAGUAUAUUAAGUCUGAUUGAAACUGUAGAAAAUAAUUCACAAGACGAACAUAUAGUAGUGAAUAAACUGUUAUGGGACUUCAUGGACUCCUACGUUACUAUUAUGGCUCCACUGCAAAAAACUAUAAUACAGUUUCAACAAGAACAGUUGCACUACGGCAACUUCUAUGCUCUGUGGCUGGUUUGCAAACUGUCUACGAAUCAGAUUGUAACAACAAGCAAUUCAAGUAAAGAUUCCAUUAUUUAUACAAUUGGAGAGAUGCUUAUUGAAAGUAUGGAAGCACGAACUAAAGAAUUAGGGUCUAAUGUUGGCUUUGACGCUUGCUUAUACUUAGAUCCAAGAUUCCAACAUAUACUUGACGGCUCACAAAAACAAAGGGCAAUACAUUUUUUAAAGACAUUGUGGACACAAAUAAAAAUCCACAGUCCAAUUCAAAAUUUAUCAUUAACAAAUUCAAAUACUUCGCAUACUGAACAUAAAGAAAGUAAUUUAGAUCUUUUGGAUGACUUUUUGAGUGUAGGCGUUGUUAAAAAUGAGUCAACAGAUGUGCAUGAAAAGAUUGAAAUGUUGAAGCUGCCAUAUAUGAAAUCUAGCACAAAUGUUUUAAAUUUCUGGAAAGAGAGAAAGUCAAGCGAUCCAGAGCUUUAUGCUCUAAGCAAAAUAUGUUUUGCUAUACCAACAACUCAAGUAACAAUAGAGCCGGCGUUUUCGUUUUUAAAACUGGUGUUAUCGGAUAACCGCAAUCGAUUAAGUCACCACACAUUGGAAAAUAUACUUCUGGUCCGGCUUAACUCAACUCACUUAGAUAGUGCCAUAGAGAAUUUGAAUUUAUUUGUAGACGAGGAUUAAUUUAAGUUUCUAAAAGCAUAAGUUCUUGAACUUAUUAUUGACUUAUAUUUAGACUUAGAUUUUCACUUUCAAAAUAAAAUAUUAU